AGAAAUAAAUUUUUUAUUAGUCGAGAAAGGAGUAAUGCUCAAAGACAGCGAGAGUUCCAUAAUUUCACAACAUUCCCAGAAUAUUAUUUUUCUCUUUAAUAUUUUUUUGGAAAAGGUAUCUCUUCCUGUUUACACGUGUCGGUUCAAUGAUGACCGGCCUCGCCUUCGUAUCUUUCUUCUCCAUUGGGGUGCAUACAGCACACUUCCGCAUUCCUAUUAUCCUUUCUCCUCCUCCUCUUCUAAUCUCCGCCGCCGGCCCGCCGUCGCCAUUUCGUCGCCGUCUCUGAUGUUUCCUUCGGCAGAGGAGCUUCAGGUGGAGCUCACGCUCCUCGAGCUCGCCGAUCUCAUCCUUGAGCGCCGUCGGAUUCCGCCGCCUGGCGAUUACAUCGGCUUCCUCAGAUGGAGAGGCGGGAAACCCAGAUCGGUUGCUUCUCGUCGCCGCCGCCCUCUUCGGACGCCUUCUCUGCCUCCGCCGCUAGACAGUAAGGAGGGAGAUGCAGCAGCCGCCGCCACUGCCGCUUCGAGUAGUCCCAGCACGCCCCUCUCCUUCCAGGAAAGUGGCACCGAUGAAGUUAGUGUCCGUCCGGAUCCGGAGGCGGAGCACAGGAAGCGGCAUCGAGAAGUGAGUUUGCCGCCUCCAAGCGGCGGCGAGGAGGGCGCUCUGCUCACCGAGCCGAUGGCGGAGCACGGCAAGCGGCGCCGGAAGUUAAUCGCGAGAGAGGAUCGCAAAUCUUUCUCCAACACCUCCUCAUCGAUCUUUUCCUACCAAUCCCACCAGCAGGCGCGGGUUCAGCCCACCGGCGGCGGCCACCGGGAGCAGCAAUCUGUGGGCGCUGUCACCGGCCUUCCGGAUCUCAACGUGUGCGCAGUGGAGAAGCAGCAGCAGCAGCAGCAGCAGCAGCAGCAAGAUCCGGUGCGGUGGUGGAAACAGCGACAGCAGCAGCUGUUGGCGUACAGAGCCGCCACGUCACUGGCGAGGAGGAGGCGAGUCCAGAUACAGAGAGAGAAGAGGUUCUCCCUUCUUUCCUACAAUUCCAAGUAGGAACUCCUUAUUUUUAAAAAAAAAAAAAAUUAAUUAGCUUAUUUUCAAGAUUUUAAAGUUAAAAACUCUUUUAUAUUUCAAAUUAACUCAUCCAAGAACCAAUGUUGAUGUU